UUCAGCCGUUGGCAAUGCUCUAGCCCUGAAGUUAGCCGACAUCGUCGCCAUGGCAACUAUCGCCAUGGCGGCGUGUAAACAAAUAUGAACUGCAUCCGAGACAGUUGCAAUUGUUACGUACCAUUCAUUGCAAUUGUUCUUUCGUCAUUCGCUGGUGCGAUUAAUGUGAACAAUGAUACACUUGAAUACUGGACACCAAGUUCCUGCAGGUACGACGAGUACUUCGAUACGCUCUCCUUGUCUUGCUCGCAAUGCAACGCCAGCAAAAAUCUCGAGCCGGCUGCAAAUCGUUUGCAAUGCGUAUGCAACGCGUUUAGCAGGAGGAUCGGCUUCGAAAACGGUAACUCGCGCUGUGUCGCUUGCGGCCCCGACAUGAUCGCGAGCGCCGAUGGAGGAGAAUGUAUCCUGCGCUCGAAUGCGACGUGCAAAUGCUCUACGAAUCAAAUAAGACUGGACAGAAAUGUAAACGGUAUAUUGCUGGACACUGUGCUUUGUAUAACAUGCGUGCAAGGCACAUAUCCGUCCGCCGACUGCUCCAAAUGCUUACCAUGCGACCGCGAGUACAGCGGUCGUGAAAAUUGCGUGUGCCCGAGCGCGACACACGUAAGACUACGGAAUUACUGCCUACGCAAGGACGACGUCGCUGACUGGCCCGAUGUCAGAAGCACAUAUCUGAUGAAAUUUCAAAGCGAAAGCGUGGACAGUUAUUACCUGCGAAGUGAAUUGCAAGUAGCAGUGCAUCUCUGUAAGAGGAAAGACAGAAUGGCAUGCGAACACUUGUCAAAUAUAUGUGCUCUGACUCUCUACACAGAUGGUAUAGCUUGCAUGCUCUUUGUGCACACACCCUUGGCGCCGGUAUGGUUGUUCUACAACAAGCAGGACACUAUAUCAAUAUUGAAUGACACAAAGAUAUCUGAAAGAUACAGUCUCAGGAGAGAAGAUAAUAGUAGUACCCUUGACUUUACAAUAGCCAAAUUCUCCUUGAACGGCGAGUUCUUGUCCAUUGGUAGGCCGAGUCUUCCUUGUCAGCUUUUGAGAAACGUGAGGUUUGGUGUGAAUUACAACAAAAGAUGCAGAACCACUGCUGUCGAGUUGUUGAACGCACAAGUGGAAUUAUUGUCUCCUUAUUUAAUAUUUAAAGACGGCAAUAGGACUUUCACGCACGCUCUGCCUGUGGUCGUGAAGCUAGCGGGAGAAGAUAUUGAUGAAAUUCUGCGGCAGCAGUUAGUGCGGAAAUUCUUUCUAGUUGAUAACGUAAGCGGUUUCAAGGCGCUACCCACGUUCAUGAACAUUAGAUUCGCGAAAGCACCGGAGCUCUCUGUGUUACGAUACAUGAAAUCUCUAACUGUCUUAGUGAAUGUUCAGAACGGAGAAGAACAUGGCAAAAUCUUCGCACCCUUUUUGAUCGUAAAGUAUGAUGAACUGACGUAUCAAGAUCUUUUUGAUAAUCCCGACAUUGUAAUAGAAUACAAAGUUAUAUUCAAAUUAAAGGACAGCGACAUGGAUUACAAUGUGCAGAUAACUAUCGGCGUGCUGACGGGAAUAGCUCUGAUAUUUUCCAUGAUCAAGGCAUGGAGCUAUUACAAGCGCAAUCACAACGGCAAUCUUAGCGUAGCUGUUUUAUUGUGGUUCUUGGUCUACGCCAUGGGCAUAGUUGGGAACGUCAUCACUUUCGUAUGCAUCGGCGCGUGCAUAUGUUUAUUUGUCUUUUAUAAAGGUCAGACUGUACCGUACAUUUUACUUCCCGACAAUGCCAGUGAAAAGAGAAUUCAAACAUACAUGAGUGUAGCAUUCAGCUUUAAAAUCGUAGAAAUGAUAGGUUUCAUUUGUCAACAUUGGGAUUUGAAUAUAUUCUUCGUUGACUGGGAGCAACAGAGAACGAUACACAAUCAAGUGAAAUAUGAUUCACCACACACUUCCCUGCGAAAAUUGUACGCCAACAGAUUUUCGCGGAACGAUGGUAGAUCUACAAGAAUAUCGUCGGACAUCAUUGCAUCCAAGAGAAAGAAAAGAUUACGCAAGACGAAUGGGAAUGCGAGCCCAAGUGAAAUUUCCAAGUCUUCGACGAUUGACAAAUAUGCGGCAGACUUCUCUUCUAUUCGUUCAUUAUCGAGAUCACCUUUGCAGGAGACAAUAGAGCACAACUACGUUAAUAACGCGCCGAUCAGCGUUUGGAGAACCUAUUUUAUCGCAAAUGAAUGGUGCAAACUUCAGACCAAACGAAAAAUAAACGUAGCAUUGCAAUCAGUUUAUACUCUGUGCAUUUUGCAGAUAUUUAAUUUGGAAUCGUGGAUGCUAGCGAUGCCGGAAGCAAACGCCGCGGAUAAAUUCUCCGAAACGAGGAAUAAUUUUACGCUGCAAUAUGCAAUCUGCACGUUUGUGUACGUAUCCGUGUACUUCGCGCAAUGGCUGAUCCGCCUUAUGUUCUAUGAGAGAUACAUCCGGAACAGACUGCAGAAAUUUGUAGAUCUGUGCUCAGUCGCAAACAUCAGUGUAUUUAUUUUGGCGCAUAAUUAUUAUGGCUUCUAUAUACACGGCAGAUCCGUGCAUGGCUUUGCGGAUACAGAUCUUCCCACGCUGAUAAAUGACCUAAAAAAGGAGGAGGAUAACUUGUGUGCACACAGAGGCUUGGUACCUGGAACGACCGAACAGACUUUUAUAAUAUCCUUGACUCGGUCGUUCAAAUUUUUGUAUGACGAACUCAUGAAGCAGAAGGAUAACGGAAACAUAGGAGCUUUCAGAGUUAAUGACACAUCUUUCAAAAAUUGGAAGCAAUUAAAUGAAACCAGAUCGAAGGUGAAAACCUUUCUGACACAGUUCUUAGAUCAUUGUUCGGAAAGCGAAGAUUAUAUAAUCAAGGAGCAACAUAUAUUAGAAAAAAUCUGCGAUGUUCUUUUUCAAGAUGCCAAAGAUAAAUCAGUCUUCUAUAUUGAUAAUAAUUAUUCCUUCAACAGAGUAGUACUAUAUGGAAAUGAAUGGCUAUUGGCGACAUUUGAAAUCACUAUAUUUGCGUUCUUUCUGGCAUUAUACGGCACAUACGUACUUGCCUGUAUAACAACAGUCAUUGUAUCACAAUUAUUUUUAAUAAUCAUUAGAUGUAAUAUUAAGAGGAAUCUUUGCAACAAGUCAUUGUUGGAUAAGAGAUUUUUAAUGUGA